UAUAUCCUGUCUCAGACUAGACUCGACUCAGACUCAGACUCAGACUGAAGAGAGAAUAAUCGAAAAUCCGACUCGUCGGCAGAUCGGGAGAAAUGGGAAGAGGGAAAGUGGAGCUGAAGAGAAUCGAAAAUCCGACGAGUCGGCAGGUGACGUUCUCGAAGCGUCGGAAUGGGCUUUUGAAGAAAGCCUACGAGCUCUCCGUCCUCUGCGACGCCGAAGUUGCCCUUCUCGUCUUUUCCCCUUCCGGCAAGGCCUACCAGUUCUCCAGCCACGACAUGGACGGAACCCUAGCCAGGUACCGGAGUGAUAUGGGGCUACCGCAAUCCAACCACCCACAUUCACGAGUCAUGUUCUGGAAGAGUGAGAUGGAGGAGAUGAGGAGAUCAAUAAGCAGCUUGGAGUCCAGACUUAGGCAUUUUGCUGGAGAGGAUUUAGGACCAUUGAGCGUCAAGGAUCUGAAACAGCUUGAAAGACAACUGAGUGUAGGAAUUGAACGUGUGCGCUCUAAAAAGAGACGCAUCAUCUCAGAGCACAUAAACAUGUUGAAAAGGAAGUACAAGAGCGUACAAGAGGAGCACAGCCGCCUGCAGAAAAGAUUGAAUCAGCUUAAGGAUGUGGAUGUGACAGCUUCAAGAACCAGCUUAGAUGCUAAUGCCAGCUCUGCACUAGAAAUGGCUUUUCAGGUGGAUGGAGUACUAAUUUAAGGACUACUCUUGGGUUCAGGAUCAUCAUCGUCAAGCUUUGUUUUGGGGAAGAAAGAAUUGUGUAAUUUUCUUUUGAAUUUCUGUAAUCUCCAACUAUUUGAAAACAUUAAAGGGAAAAGGAAUUAAAUGAA